AAUAUUUCUGACACUAGCUGAGUUGUCCAGUUUCGCGCAUUACUCUGAAGUAAAUAUCACAAACAGUAUUCAUAUAAAUAAUAAUUAAUAAUACUUAUAACGAUGAACGACGGAAAAGUAAUGACUUUUCAUGGACCAUACACAGAAGACAAAUACAACCAGUUUUUCAAUCCAAACGUUUGUCAUGUUUGCAAACGUCCCAGCGGAGACUUGCUAACGUGUAAUCUCUGCAAUUUGAUUUCUUACUGUUCAGAGGAGCAUAAGGAGAUACACAGAAUCUUACACUCGGAAUUCUGCAUAGCUGUGGCAAAGAUAAUAACAGAAAAAUCUUUCUCGAAUACGUAUCCUAGCUUGGAACAUUGGAUAGCAUCACGGGACGAUAUUUUACAACGAAUACAGCCUAGUUUGUCACGUUACGUAUACCAAUACGAAAAGGAGAUGAUAUUAUUUGCAAAGACGUGUUAUGUAUGUUACAGACAGAUAAACAUAAGUCCUUGCAACACUUGCUAUUCAGCCAAUUUUUGUAAUGAUCACCAAAUAGAAUGUAGUGUAUGGGAAGGACAUGGGGAGGAGUGCGGUGAGCUGUUGGUAUUACUGAACAUGAAUAUAGGCAAUAUGACCAGCGACAUAAUAGAGAUUAGCAUUUAUCAAAAUAGGAAAUUCUGCGACUUUCCUCGUUAUAGAGAUUUUCAUGACAAUAUUACAUUUAUUAAUAGCUAUGUACUCAGUACACAUCCAUAUACUUUUCGUAAGAUGUUAGAUGAUCCUAAUUCAACUCUUGCCUGGACAUUCGAGCAAUAUGUAUAUUCUGAUGCUGUAUCCAAUCCGCUAACAUUAUUCUACGCGUUGAAUGAAUCAAAUAUAUCAUAUGAUACAAUGAUGACGAAUAAAUACAUUGUUCAUCUUAUAGACGGAAACAGAAUUGAUGUAAUAUCUUUGCAAAUUUGGCAUAUUUUCUUACAUUUCUCUAGAAAAAUAAAGGAAUUGCAUAUUGUACUUAUAAAAUCGCCAAUUUUCGAAUCGCGCGAUCUAGGGUCUGUUUGUGGAACGUGCCGUCUAUAUAAACAGAAACUUUAUGUUAAAAAUGUAUCAGAAACGUACUACACGUAUGUACGCUCAGAGUCGUAUGAGCCACCAAAUGUGAUUAUACUUCAAACACGAAUUAGUUCCAUGGGAACAUGGCUUGGAUCUAUAACAGCAAUAAUAGCCCAAAAGUGCCCAUUACUUUUAACCGCUGACACGGAAAUGACAGUGAAAGGAAAUAUAAAUAAAAUAGAAGAGGUAACAGGUGAAACUAAAAAACGCUUGUACAGAAAAAAUAAAUUCCGCGGGUGUAGCCCAUAUAGAAACUAUGUAACUGGAAGAUGUUGUUACCGAAAUGCGUAUUUUAUUAUGUAUUUAUGAAUUUAAAUUACAUGACCGACCCAGUCAAAUAUUGAAGAAGCAUGAAAAGAUACAUGGAAGCUCACCCCUGGAACUCUGCAGCGACCUAGCAAGUAUCAUACUUGACAAAUCGAAUUGGAAUAUACAUCAUAUUUGGGAAGAAUAGAGAGAAGCACGGAAGGAAAUUUUAAUAAUUUAAAUCUGUCAGGUAUACAUCCGUACGUAAUAGAUGUGACAUUAUGCGCAAAAUAGUAUUAUAAGGCUCGCCGAUGGAUAAACAUAAAGCUCUGCAUCAUUUGCUAUUCAGCUUAUUCUUGUGAUGAUCACCAAAUGCUAUGUAAUCUAGAAUAUAAGGAUCACUGCAAAAAGCUGUGCUUACUAUUACUGAACAUUAAUAUCGCCUGUAUGAAUAGCAAUAUUUUGCAAUUAUGUCUUGUUGGGUUAUUUAUUGGAUAUAUUAUAGUUAGUACAAUUAAGAAUACACAGAACAUAGGUUAUAUUGUAGGUAUGGCUUCAACAACACGUGAACUACGACUUAAGACUGGUAACGUCUAGGUUACCACGUGCGUGACCGAGAAGUGACACCUAUGUGUUUAAGCGUCACUUAUGUUCUUAAAAAGAAAGCAUAGAGUGUACAUCAAACUCGGUAAAGAGUCACUAUGGACGGAACGCAUAUCUCAACACUCCCACUCGUGACGUUAAUAGUUAUAAGACAAUAUUUGAACAUAAACUUCUUAACACAAAGUAAAUAAAAACAAGGACAAUUAUCUCUCUUUCUGAGAGUAACCUAAACUAUAAAGAUAUAAAUUCAAAUCAGGUUAAUCCUUGUACGAUUUAACUCAAAUUUUUCCCGUGUAAGUGGCUUUGUUAAUAUGUCUGCCAAUUGUUCAUUACUAGCAAUAUGUUUUAUAGUUAAACUUCCUUGUUUUAUAAUAUCACGUGUGUAAUGAUAUUUAAUGUCAAUGUGUUUUGUGCGUCGAUGAAACACAGGGUUCUUGAUUAAUUGUUCAGCUGCUGUAUUAUCGCAACACAAUAUUGUCGGUUGAAUCUGACGUAGUCCCAAUUCUUCCAAGAUUCCACGGGUCCAUACAAUUUCCUUUGUGGCAUCGUGUGCAGCGAUAUAUUCAGCAUCCGUUGUUGAGGUUGAGACAAUUCCUUGUUUACGCGAAAACCAAAUUAUUGGGCCAUUGUUUAAUGACAGUAUUACACCACUAACUGACCUACGUGUAUUAGGACAGGCUCCAUAAUCUGCAUCUGAAUAUGCUAUCAAGGUGUUUGAUGUCUCUGAUAAGUUGAACUCAAUUCCCAUAUUGAGUGUGCCAGCGAUGUAUCUCAACACACGUUUAGCUGCCUUCCAAUGUGAUUCUGAUGGAUUUUUCAGAAAUUGACUUAAAGUACUCACUGCAAAUGAGAUAUCCGGUUGCGUACCAACUGACAAGUACAUAAGUGAACCAAUUAAUUGUUGAUACGGUACAUGAGCUAUUGGACCAGGGUUAUCAUCCUCAUCUGUAUUGCUCAUUAAAAUUUGAUGUGCGUCGGCUGGGACUCCCACUGGAUUGCAGUCCUCCAUUUUAAAUUUCUUAAGUACCGUUUGUGCAUAUAUUGAUUGAUGUAAGCGCAACUUAUGUAUUUUUCGAUCCCGUUCAAUUUGAAUACCUAAAUAACAUUCUGCUUCUGAAUAGGUUGUUACAAAUUCUUGUUCCAUUGCACAGAGUAGUUUAUUGAUCAUUUGAAGCGAUUUACCAAUAACUAGUCCAUCAUCAACAUAUAGAGCUAGAUAAAAGUCUUUUGUUGAGGUAGUAUAGACACAUGUAUCAUAUUGCGAUGCAAUUAAUCCGAAUUUCUGUAGGAAUGCGUUAAAUUUUACGUUCCAUUGCCUUGGUGCUUGUUUUAGUCCAUAUAGACUUUUACGUAACUUGCAGAUCUUGCCACUACCGUCGUUGAAACCUUCUGGUUGUUCCAUAAAAAUAUCUUCCUUGAUGUCACCAUAAAGGAAUGCUGUUUUGAUGUCAAAUUGAUAGAUUUCAUAGUCAUUUGCACAUGCAAUUGACAUCAAAAUUCGUAUUGAUUCGAAACGUGCGACAGGAGAAAACGUUUCAUCGUAAUCAAUAUUUGCUUUCUGUGAACAGCCUUUUACGACUAGUCUCGCUUUGUAACCGUUGAUACUUCCAUCUGAGUUAGUUUUAAUUCGAUAGAUCCAUUUAUUUUUAAUUGUGCAACGAUCCAGAGGCAGUUCGACUAAUUCCUAGGUUUCAUUUUUCAUGAGAGAUUUUAGUUCUUCAUUCAUUGCAGCCUCCCACUGUUUCGCAUCUGGUGAGUCCAGUGCAUCUUCGAUGUUAAAAGGAAAAGUUUCAGCCAUCAAAGCAUACGCAAGA